UCUACCUUUGCCCUCAUCAUGCAGAUUGGGGAGGUAUAUGAGAUGUCUAUAUACAUGAUAAGACUGUGUUGCUGAGGGCAGGAACAUUAUAGAGGACUUGAAAACUCACACCACAUGAUUUGACAAAUGGAGCUAUGGUAUGGAGAGACCGACAAUAUGUCAGCCUUAAAAUCUUGUAGUUUGUAUCCAGGUGAAGACAAAGUUGCAGAUCCAACAUCAGGUUGUUCCGAACGGAUGUAGGUAAUUCUCUUGGUCUCUGUGUCUUAUGCCUUCUCAGCCUCCACCAGAGGAUCCCUUCCUGGAGUGGCUAAACCGAAUGUGUGUGAUUGUUGGACUAUUCUUCUUUGGUUUGGCCAUCUUCACCUUCCUCCUAUGUAGCUGGAACCCCAAGAUCAACAACACAGCCCAUCUUCACCUCUGCCUCAACCUCUUCUUCUCCCAUCUGCUGCUGCUGUGGAACGACAAAUAUGUUGAACAAGAGCUAGCCUGCACCGUCAUGGCGGGGCUUCUUCACUUCUUAGUUAUAGCAGGUUUUGUGUGGAUGCUGCUGGAGGCACUACAGCUCCACCUGUUGGUCCGGAGGCUCACUAAGGUGCAGGUCAUCCAGAGAGAUGGCCUCCCCAGGCUAGUUCUCUACCUGAUUGGCUACGGCGUUCCAUUUGUGAUUGUGGGUGUUUCUGCACUGGUAUAUUCUGAUGGAUAUGGUGCUACUGAGGCAGAGGUGUGCUGGCUCUCUAGACAGCGCCAUUUCAACUGGGCUUUAACAGGCCCUGUGAUUGCUAUCCUUGCUCUGAAUUGGAUAUUGUUCUGUGCUACUCUAUGGAGUCUGAGACCCACCCUGGCUAACAUGAAAAGUGAUGUUUCUCAAUCCAAAGACACCAGGUUGAUCUUGUUCAAGAUUUUGGCCCAGUUUGUCAUACUGGGCUGUACCUGGAUUCUGGGCCUGUACCAGACAAACCUUUUCUUUCAGGUCCUCUUCAUUCUCCUCAACUCCCAACAGGGCACCUUCCUCUUCAUCGUCCACUGUCUGCUCAACAAGGAGGUGCGAGAGGAGUACAUAAGAUGGCUGACGUGCUCUUGUGGAAAGGACAGAUCUGUGGGCAGACUGCUGUCAGAGCAAAUCAUAGUGAUCAUGGGAGAAAGCAAGUGGCAACACAGCCUGUAUGACACGGAUGAUCCAUUUUAG